AUGUCUGGAAGAAACCGUGGACCUCCUCCUUCGAUUAAAGGAGGAUCUUACGGCGGCUUACAAGCUCCGGUUCACCAAUCUCCUUACGUCAGAGGCUUGGGAGGAGGACCAGUGCCUCCUCCUCCUCCACGUUCCUCUAUGAUAGAUGAUAGUAGGGAAACUCAAUACAGAACUGAUCCAAGAGGUCUUCCUUCACAUCAUUCAAUCAUGGAGGAUCGUCUCGCUGCUCAGAAUCAAGACGUGCAGGGCUUGCUUGCCGAUAACCAGACUCUGGCCGCGACUCACGUCGCGCUUAAACAGGAGCUGGAAGUUGCUCAGCACGAGCUGCAGAGGAUGAUGCAUUACAUUGAGUCGUUGAGAGCUGAGGAAGAUAUAAUGAUGAGGGAGAUGUAUGACAAGUCUCUCCGAUCCGAGAUGGAGCUGCGUGAGCUCGAUGCUAUGCGUGGUGAGAUUCAUAAGGUUCGUGCGGAUAUCAAAGAGUUUAGUUCGAGUAGGGAGGAGCUGACGAGCCAGGUUCAUUUGAUGAGUCAAGAUUUGGCUAGGCUCACUGCAGAUUUGCAGCAGAUACCAACACUAACUGCAGAGAUUGAGAACACAAAGCAAGAGCUGCAACGCGCUAGAGCGGCUAUUGACUACGAGAAGAAAGGGUAUGCGGAGAAUUACGAGCACGGUAAAAUUAUGGAGCAGAAAUUAGUUGCAAUGGCUCGGGAACUGGAGAAGCUGAGAGCAGAGAUUGCUAACUCGGAAAAUAGAGCUCAUGCAACUGGUCCUGUUGGGAAUCCUGGUGGAGUUGGUUAUGGCGGUGGCUAUGGAAAUCCUGAAGCUGGCUAUCCUGUGAAUCAUUAUCAACCCAACUAUGGCAUGAAUCCAGCACAGGCAGGCGUUGAAGGCUACUAUCCUCCUCCUUAUGGACCACCUACUACGUGGGCUGGUGGCUACGAUAUGCAGCAGCAGCAGCAACCACCACAAGGACAAGGGCAUCAAUGA